ACAGCGGGAGAGUAAACCCUCAACUUCUAUCCAUGGGGCCUUGACACAUCUGUCUACUCGAUGAAAGACAUUUGUCUCUCUAAAAUUAAGUGGUUUCGACGGUAGAUUACGGCUUUGCUGUCACAUUUAGUACCUCAUCAUCCCGGGCCGCGGACAUUUCCCUGCACUGUCACAAUUCAGGCCUCAUUUCAGCAACCCUCAGCCUAAGCAAGGGAGCACAAGUUCUCGCGCGCAUCUCACACACCACCGGUCUCGGCACCUUAAAACAUGGAAUCAAACCCGGAAAUCAUCCAGCCAGAGGACUGGCUCAACCCCAACACAGCGGGUCGCGCGGUACCCGUCUUCCUCAUCCACGACGGCGGCGGCACGACCUUUGCCUACCACUGUCUAGAGCCUCUCUCCCGCACGGUAUACGGCAUCCACAACCCCAACUAUCGCAGUGGGGCAGUGUUCGAGGGCGGUAUUCCUGAGAUGGCAAGUUUGUACUCUGGGUUCAUCAAGUCGGCUAUUUCUGAGCCCGACUUCCCUUCCACCCGCAACCCAGAUGGCAGCGUGGAUAUCCUCCUCGGCGGAUGGAGCUUGGGCGGGCUGUUGAGUCUCGAAAUCUCGAGGCAGUUGGCAGAAGAUUGCAGCUUGAGGAUCAUCGGCAUCCUCAUGAUGGACAGUGUUUGCCCCAUCAAGAACCCAACAGAACCUCGUAUCGCGCCGUCGAAUCAAUCCGAGGAGGGCAAGUCGAAGAACCAGAUCCUCUCGGAUCGUGCCAUGACCGAGGCACGACGGAUGCUUCAGACGUGGGAUCUCCCAAGAUGGGAGGGCAGCCUAGCCGGCCGCCGGCCGCGGAUAUCGAUGCUGCGUGCCAAGUAUCUUGUGCCAACUGAAGGCGAGGGCAUCAGCAAAGUCGACGUGCACCGCGCCGCUAGAAGCUUGGGGUGGGAUCGAUAUGAGGAGGACCUGUUCGUCAACGUUGUGGAUGUGGAGGGACAUCACUUUAACAUGUUUUCGUUUGAUAGGAUUCCGGCGAUUACGGAGGAAAUCAAGAAGUGCUUGGACGGCUUGGAAUUCCUGGCGUCGAUUUAAUGAAUUAGCGGACAGCAAAACGCCAAGUUGAUGAUGGCGGGGUAGUUGGAGGGAGCAUCAGCCGAAUGCGUACCCUUGAUGGUUAUUGAUGCCAUGAUGCCACGGCCUAUGAAGAGAGUGUUAGAUUUCGCCUGAGAGAAAAUAAUUCUUAGGUUCUAGAUAGAUGCAGUUUUAGAUAAAAGGC